UGAAAAUACCCGAGCUCUUUCAGCUAGAGAGCUCCAUCCAUGGCGGCCUCCUCUCUUGCCUCGCGCGCUGUGGCGUCUCUCAGCCCAUCCAUCUCCACCGGCGCCAGCCGCGACGACGCCGGAUCUUCCAGUGUGGUAGGCUUUCACAAAAGGAGCAGCGCGUUCACGGGCAGGAGGGUCAGGAUUUCGAGCGGCCAUGGAUCCUCCGCCGCGCACGGCAGGAGAAGCUGCGUUGUCGCCGCCACAGCGGCCCCUGUCAAAGAAUCUCCUCCAAAGAUCGCUGAUGCGCUCGUGACGAGGGAGGAGGGAUUGGAGCUCUACGAGGACAUGAUCCUCGGGCGCUGCUUCGAGGAUAUGUGCGCCCAGAUGUACUACCGCUCCAAGAUGUUUGGAUUCGUCCAUCUCUACAACGGGCAGGAGGCCGUGUCCACGGGAUUCGUCAAGGCGCUCAAGAAGGACGACUACAUUUGCAGCACUUACCGGGAUCACGUCCACGCGCUGAGCAAAGGCGUCCCCGCCAGGCAAGUGAUGAGCGAGCUCUUCGGCAAAGCCACUGGCUGCUGCCGCGGACAAGGUGGAUCCAUGCAUAUGUUCUCCAAGGAGCACAGGCUGCUGGGAGGAUUUGCCUUCAUCGGAGAGGGAAUCCCCGUGGCGACUGGAGCAGCCUUCAACACCAAGUACUCGCGCGAAGUUCUCAAGGAUCUCAGCGUGGACGCGGUGACGCUGGCGUUUUUCGGGGAUGGAACUUGCAACAAUGGCCAGUUCUUCGAGUGCUUGAACAUGGCGGCGCUGUGGAAGCUCCCGAUUGUCUACGUGGUGGAGAACAACCUCUGGGCGAUCGGCAUGGAUCACUUUAGAGCUACGUCGGUGCCGGAGAUCUGGAAGAAAGGAGAGGCUUUUGGCAUGCCCGGAGUUCACGUCGACGGAAUGGACGUGCUCAAAGUUCGCGAGGUGGCCAAGGAAGCCAUUGCGAGGGCCCGGAGAGGUGACGGCCCGACGCUUGUCGAGUGUGAGACUUACCGGUAUAGAGGCCAUUCUCUCGCCGACCCGGACGAGCUCCGGAAGCCUGAGCAAAAGAACAAGUAUGCUGUUCGCGAUCCCAUUGCUGCUUUCAAGAAGUACUUGCUGGAGAACGGACUGGCCAGUGAGGCGGACUUGAAAGCCAUCGAGAAGAAGAUCGACGAGAUUGUGGAGGAUGCCGUGGAGUUUGCGGACGCGUCGCCUCUUCCGCCUCGCAGCCAGCUCCUCGAGAACGUCUUUGCGGACCCCAGGGGCUUUGGUAUCGGGCCAGAUGGGAAAUACAGGUGCGAGGAUCCGGCCUUCACUGCUGGGACAGCGGAAGUAUAAAACAAGGCGAGAAAAUUUGGGACAACAGAGACAAAAACAACGGGGGGUUUUUUUAUUAGCUUACAGUCCAUUCCAUUCCACGACAGCACAAAGGUAUCAAACUACCAUUUUAAAACUGUUCGGGAGUUUUGAAUCGUCCCAUCAAAACUGUCAAAUAGAAGAGAUAUAGCCGAUACUUUGCUCCUUUGGUUUGCAAUAAAGAACACUUUGAUUUUUCUAUU